GUUGCCACUGGACUCGCCGACAUCACAGGGCCAUGCGUAGAAAUUGAGCUCAUGGGUUAUGCCAAUGAGGGCCAGAUUGGUACUGGCCUACAUAUGCGUCUCCGCUCGAGGGUUUUUAUUGUGGCCGAUGAGUUUGACCAUAAUCGCUGGGUUUUGAUUAACUCUGUCAGAUUUUCGUGCUGGGACACUGCGAUCCGACGAGGAGUGAUUGAGCAACUUCAAAUCAAGUAUCCUGGAAUAUAUUCUGAUGAGAAUGUAGCCUUGGUAGGCACUCAUAGCCAUUCAGGUCCGGCAGGAUUUAUUCAAACCCUUCUGCCUCAAAUCACAAGUAAAGGAUUUGUUUCACAAAAUUACGAGGCAAUCGUAAACGGAACAGUGCUUGCUAUCAAACGAGCCCAUGAAUCAUUAGCACCAGGGAAACUUUCGAUUGGAAACAUGUCUUUGCUCAACACCAACAUUAAUCGCAGCCCAUAUUCUUACCAGUUCAACCCAGAAGAUGAGAGGAAACGGUAUGAACACGAUGUUGAUAAAGACUUUCAUCUCGUCAAGUUUGAGGAUGGGUUGAGUGGGAAAGCGCGUGGAUUCAUGUCAUGGUUUGCCGUUCAUGGAACUUCUGUGUUCAGAACAUUGAUUGGAAGCGAUAACAAAGGGAUGGCUGCAUAUCUAUACGAAUCCUCUGUGGAACCGGACAAAAUGCCAGGAAACAACACUUUCGUUGCAGGAUUCUUUCAAGCAAAUGUAGGAGAUACAACUCCCAAUACCCUUGGGGCAUAUUGCGAGAGCGGCCCCGAUGAAGGAAAGUUAUGUAGCUUCGAAAAAAGUUUAUGCGGAGGAAAAACAGAACCUUGUCAAGGACGUGGACCUGGCUUUCCUGGUGACUCUUGGGAAAGUAAUAAAAUCAUCGGGAAAAAUCAGAAAGAAGCCGCGGAUCAGUUGAUGAAUUCAGAUCUCAAAGCCUUGGCAGGAAGUGUCAAAGCGGUCUACACAACGAUAGACAUGUCUCGAUACACCUUUCGUCACCCGAAUGGUACUAUACUCCAUACUUGCCCGCCGGCAUUAGGAUUUGGAUUUGCGGGUGGAACCACCGACGGAGCCGGCCCCUUUGACUUUUAUCAGGGCAAUAACCAUUCGAAAGGUAGUCAAAAUCCCCUCUGGAAUGCUGUAGGGAGUUUUGUGGGAGGCAUUCCUAGCGCUGCGCAGAAAGAAUGUCAUUUCCCGAAACCAAUUUUGCUUAAUACGGGACAUGCCUCACUUCCGUAUGAGUGGUCACCCAAUGUUGUGGACAUCCAAAUAUUCAAAGUCGGUUAUCUGGUGAUACUCAUUGUUCCCGGCGAAUUCACAACCAUGGCAGGAAGGAGAAUAAGAGAAGCUGUGCGAGCUCAACUGAUCUCAGAUGGAAUCCUAGGCGAAGAAGCCACGGUGAUCUUGACUGGUCCUGCUAAUACUUACACGCAUUAUGUCUCGACAAGAGAAGAAUAUGGAGUUCAGAGAUAUGAAGGUGCAUCAACAAUAUAUGGUCCGAAUACCUUGGAUGCCUACAUCGAUAUAUACAAAGGGUUGGUUGGUUUCCUCUCUGAUUCGAAUCACACAAGCGUUCCGAAAGGUCCCGGAACACCGGACUUGAGAUCCAAGGCUCUAUCAUUUGUGGCAGGAGUAGUAUUCGAUGGGGUACCUAUGGGAAAGUCUUUUGGUCAGGUCUUGAAGGAUGUUGGUACAAAUAAAGUUUACCAUCCUAAUGACGUCGUGGUAGUCGAGUUCCAAGCUAGUAAUCCUAGAAAUAAUCUGCUAUUGGAGGAUAGUUACUUCAGGAUACAACGUCUUUCCGAAAAGAAGGAUUGGAUUGACUAUAGAACUGAUUCUCACCCUUCAACGCGUUUUGAGUGGAAGAGAGAACAUGUGUUGUUAGGUACAUCAACUGUCAAAUAUCUUUACUAUUCUUACAGGAACAUUGAAAAUGACGCGAAAGCAGGUGCAUACCAGAUUAUAUACUAUGGCCAUUCGAAAUCAAUCCUUGGAACAAAAACAGCAUUUCGGGGUAAAUCAUCUGUAUUCACGGUGGACGGAAAAUAG